ACAAUGGAACAAAGCGGACAGGACUCAUGGCGACCGCGAGGCAAAUGGUUCGCCUUCGUGUUGACUUUGAAUCUGAUUUUCGGGAAGGCCACGGGUCAGAUAAGGUAUUCUAUAUCAGAAGAAAUCAAAGAAGGAACUGCUGUUGGGAACAUAGCAAAGGAUCUGGGGAUAGAUCCGCACGCAUUAAAAACGAGGGGAUUUCGUAUUGUUUCUGGCUCCACAGAACCGCUUUUCCAGGUAAACCAAGACGAUGGGGUUUUAUUCGUAAAUCGUAACAUUGACAGAGAGGAAAUAUGCCAGCGAACCACUGUAUGUCUGAUCAACCUUAAAAGCGUUCUAGAAAACCCACUAGAGAUCCAUUAUGUUGCAGUGGAAGUGUUAGAUGUUAAUGACCAUUCACCCUCUUUCCCGGAGAAAAACAAAAAGCUAGAGAUUUCAGAGUCCACCAUACCGGGAACAAGAUUUCAGUUGCAUGCUGCUCUCGAUCCAGAUGGCGGUGUGAAUUCCGUUCAACAGUAUAAAUUGAGUCAGAAUAAUAAUUUUCGGCUUGAAGUGAAGGACCGUGGGAAAGAUGGAAAAGUGCCUAUUUUAUCAUUACAAAGCCCAUUAGACAGAGAGGUCUCGAGUAGCCAUAAACUACUGCUUACAGCCCUGGAUGGGGGUAAACCUCCGAAAUCAGGGACCAUGGAGAUAUUAGUUAAUGUUUUAGAUGUGAAUGACAACGCACCUGUGUUUACAAUAGACGUAUAUUCGGCAGUGAUACGUGAGAAUUCACAGAUUGGCACAGUAGUCAUACGAGUAAACGCCACAGAUUUGGACGAAGGAUUGAAUGGCGAAGUCAGCUAUUCUUUUGGUAAUGUCAAUAAUAAGGUGCACGAACUCUUUGAUGUCAAUCCAAGCACAGGUGAAAUAACUGUGAAAGGACAAUUAGACUAUGAAAUGGAUGACAGUUACGAGAUAGACAUCCAAGCAUCUGACAGCGGUGCUGUUCCACUUAGAACAUAUAAAAGCGUGACUGUAAAUAUUAUGGACAUAAAUGACCAUACACCUGUAAUUGAUGUAACGUCACUGUCUAACACAAUUUCAGAGGAUUCUAGACCCGGGACGACAGUAGCACUUAUCAGUAUUACUGACUUAGACUCUGGAGUAAAUGGAAAAGUUAUUAGCUUUGUUAAAGGCGAUAACGUCCCUUUCACAAUAACACCUUCCAUACAACACAACAUGUACGCGGUUGUGACAAAAACACAGCUCGACAGGGAAAGCAAAUCGAUUUAUGAUGUAACAAUAAUCGCCAAAGAUGCAGGUGGACCAGCCUUAACAUCUGAAAAGACAUUCAGAGUUGUUGUAUCCGAUAUAAACGAUAACAGUCCAGAGUUUUCAAAGAGACGAUAUAAUUUCUAUGUCACUGAGAAUAACUCCCCGGGAGUGUCGUUAUUUUCUUUAUUCGCGUCUGAUCGUGAUGACGGAGAUAAUGCUAUUAUUUCCUAUCAUAUUCUCAGAGAUGCUGCUUAUGAAAAUGAAGUGACAUCAUUUCUUAACAUCAACUCUGAAAAUGGUGAUAUUCUGGCUCUAAAGAGUUUUGACUUUGAAACUCUGAAAACGUUCCAGUUCCAAGUUGUCGCCACAGAUUCUGGAACUCCGUCACUAAGCAGCAACGUCACAGUGAACGUGUUCAUUCUGGAUCAGAACGACAACGCUCCAGUCAUCCUGUAUCCAGUCAGCUCCAACGGUUCUGCUGAAGGUCUGGAGGAGAUUCCCCGCAAUGUCAACGCUGGACACUUGGUGACUAAAGUCAGAGCCUAUGACGCUGAUAUAGGAUAUAACGGAUGGUUACUGUUUUCACAGCAGGAAGUUACUGACCACACUCUCUUUGGUUUGGACCGCUAUACAGGACAGAUCAGAACACUUCGUUCAUUCACAGAGACAGACGAGGCUGAGCAUAAACUGGUCAUACUGGUGAAAGACAAUGGCAAUGUUUCACUCUCAGCAACAGUUACUGUGAAUGUCAAAGUUGUGGAGCCCAAAGAAGCUUUUGCAGCUGCUGAUGUUAAAAGUGCUACAAAGGAUGAGGAAGGGAUUGACGUGACUUUUUAUCUCAUGAUAACUUUGGGCACAGUAUCUGUACUUUUUAUCAUCAGUAUCAUCGUGUUGAUUGCAAUGCAGUGCUCGAAUACACCAGAUUAUACAUCCAAGUACUUGCAAGAUACAAAUUAUGAUGGGACACUGUGUCACAGCAUCCAGUACAGAUCUGGAGAUAAACGCUACAUGUUAGUUGGGCCCAGAAUGAGUAUAGGAUCUACUAUAGUUCCAGGAAGCCAUGCCAAUACUCUGGUGCUUCCUGACAGGAGGAGAGCAUCUGGAGAGUUAACCCGUAUGAAAAACACUUCAGCAUUGUAUCCAUGA